AUGAAACGGGAAUUGGAGAGCAGCAUUGAUGAAAUUAAUCGAAGAAUUGGCAUGAAUUAUAAUUGUAGGGCUAUUAAAACCAGCAACUAUGGCAACAACAACAUGACACAAAAAAAGAGCUUUUCUUGUCAUCCAAAAUCCAUGUCUCAACUACGUUCCUAUUUGAAAAAGACAACUCAACGAGUCAUGAAUUUAUUUCCUGAUUUGUAUCAAGAAAAACUUGAAGAUAUUCAACGUGCAUUCAUGGAAUCACGUUCUGGCAGUGUUCCAUUUUCACAACUUUGGAAAUUGGACAAACCAUCACAACAUGAGGAUGAAAUGGAUCAUCAGAAUGAAGAGAACAACACUGAUGGUGAGAAGGAUAGAGAUAUACCCAAUUCAAUUACACUCCAUCCUCUAAAAUUUGCAUCAUCGAACAAACGAAUACCAAAAUGGAAAUCGAUAUGGAAUGGAAUACAUCCAGAAUAUUACAAAUCUCAAGCUAUUACAAAUAUUGAACUGUUUGUGAGAUGUGGUCGACAACCUCAGUAUCGAAUAUGGUAUACAACAUGGGACCAGUUAUUUUCAAUGCUCUCAACCACUUUGGAAAAUAUUUAUUACUUUUUACCGAGAGUGACAACGAAAGAGAGACAUGAAAUAAUGUUUGAAAAGUUAAAAUUUCAAGCACUUCUUAGGUCCUCAAAGCAUACGGUGAAAAAAGAAUUCGAUUCGAACGUGUUCUCAAGCAUUUGUUACGUGGCUUAUCGUCUCAAAUCAAGAACAUCCACAACACCAUCCAAUUUCAUUCCCACUUUGGAAAAGUUAAUUUUUUUCUUUUUGAAAGAGUGCAGAGAAUUUAAUGGAUCAACCAAACAAUUGUUAAUGCACGAAUGGAUUCCAAAUAAUUGUUCACUUUCAUUACUGUUGAGAAUACGUCAUGUUGACUUUGAACCUGUGCUUAUUCGUAUACUCAGAGAGUAUGCACGUGAGAUUCGAACAUGUUCACCUCAAUUAUUGGCAUACAUUAUUGACUCUAUUUGUUCAACCUCUGAUUUGAAUGUACCCAAGUAUUUGAUCAUUAUUGCACAGCAACAAAUCUUUGACACACAUGACCGUUUUUAUUUUUCACAAGUUUUUAACAUGAUGAUUCGAUGUUUGAACCAUUCUCCAUUCCCAAUGCAAUUCUCAAAGACUGUGAACUCACCCACACUUUCAAGGUUGGAACAUCCAAAAAACAACAAGUUGAAUGCCUUAUUACACGAUUUUAAAAUUCCACCCGAUGAAAAAGACUAUGACGAAAGAAAUACCUUUUUCAAACAAUUGAGAACUAUUUUGGGGUCUACUGACAAAAAAGCACGAGAGCUAGAUGAAUUGGAACCUUUGGAACAUUAUGGAUCUUUUAACAAACCUAAAUUUUUAUAUCACUGA